AUGGGCAGUAUCAUCAGCUAUGAUAGUAAGCGUCCUCUGCUAGUCUGUGCUCUACCACGGGCAUCGCCGGCACCAGCUACAGGAACAGAAGACGCCACUCUCGUCGCAUCAAUAUCAUCUAUCGUAAAGUCGGCCGGUCUUAAACCUUACGCAACGCCUUUGUCGACGGAUGAGAUCAAGGAGUGGAAUGCUCUAGGCGACUCCUUCACCGCAGGCAUUGGAUCUAAUGGUCUCGACGAUUCUCUUAGGAUUUCGCAGGACUGCAGCCGUUACGACAAAGCAUAUCCCAUGCAAAUGAACGCUGAUACAAGAUGGCCUGGCAAACCGGCGGACCGAAAGCUCAAUUUCGGUGCUUGCUCAGGCAACGUGAUGCAAGACAUCCGAACUAAACAGCUGUCCGAUAACGCACCAGUAGACUACCAAAACUUUGGGAAGCCUCAGCUUGCCGUAAUUACUUUGGGUGGGAAUGAUCUCGGUUUCGAAAGCGCCAUCAACGCCUGCAUAAUUCGAGCGCAUGGGUGGCCGAACAUUCCGGGCCGUAACCGCGUUUUGAUUGGCAUCGAGAACAAAAUCCAAGACCUGGGCUUCCUGGGCGCUUUUGAUGAAUUACUCCUUGCUAUCGUGGUCAAAGGUCGUGUGAAUGGAGGCGCUGACCCACCUGAGUCUUUUCAGCUUUUUGUCAAUGGAGACCUGAAUUUCCAAAUCAAGCAAUCGGCUUUUCGAUUGGCGAAUGAAGGCGUUGUUUACGUUGAAGGAUUCCAGGAUUCAUACAUUGAUCAUCAGUUCUGCGACCCCAAAGCAGAUACGAAUCUGAAGAAGCCUAUUUCACCCAAAACUUGGUUUUGGGCUAGCGAUAGCCGAGAAGCCUUCGAAGCCGCUCUGGACAGCCUGAAAACCAGUUCUGACCCAUCUGUCGCUGCUAUUCCGGAGCAGUGGCGUCGUAUUUUCCAUCCUAAGGGCACAGCAUAUAGGCACCACUCAGACGUGAAUCUAAACACCGUCCUAGCCAACAGACAAGCGAAGCCAGCGGCCCCGCCUCCGCCGACCCCUCCUCCAGCACCCACUCCAACAGAGGAGGAAGAGAAUAAUAUAUGCGGCGUUUGGUAUAGGAUCAUUCUGAAUCAUUUCGAGAUCAGAGGGGAGAAUUUCGACCCAGUUAAGUUCGGUAAGGAUGGCUCCGGUUUGAAGAAGGAAAUCAAGGGGUGCGGCGCUUUGACCAAAUGGCGCUUUGAGUACACGCCCAAAGAUCCGAAUUUCGCGUGGUUUGCCUCUGGGCAGUUGCCAAUUGGUACGAAGGCUUGCGUAGGAAUGGCAGUGGUUUCCGCAGAUGGGGAAGGGCCUGAUGGGUGUACUGGUCCCGGUUGA